CAUCGUAUGGAUACGACCCCAUCUCGCUCUUCCAACCCGACAUUCGACAGGCCCUCCCAUCACUGGUAUCGGGAGAGCCAAAUCCGAAGCGAGCGUCCCCAGGCUCAGCAAGGGGAGGACUCUGAGAAGAAAUCGCAAACCCCUCCCGACAUGCACGGCCGUGCCGUCAUGCGCAAAGCACAUGGCAUCUUCCAUCGCCGCCAGGGCCAGGCCACCAACGUCUUGACCGUCAACGUCGAGGUCAUCAACAGCGUUGAUCCAGAUGGAAAGAUAGUCGCUCAGCAAACAGUGACACCCGCCGCACCUACCGUCGCUGCUGUGCCCUCCGUUCCUGCUGUUCCACCUCCCCCCGCUCUCUCUGUCCCCACCGUUCCAGCAGUCCCUGCGUUUCCGUCGGAUCUGACCGUCCCUACCGUCCCUGGCUACCCCUUCGUGUCGGAUGCCGCCGUUCCCUCUGCCUCGAGCGCACAGCAGCCCAUCACUUCGGGAACUCCGGCGCCUGCUCCUACGUCUGCUCUGACGUCGUCCAACUCGAACUCCACAUUCUCUUCUGCACCAUCGUCAUCGUCACUCUCCUCGAGUAUCAACUCUACGAAUAGUACCAUAACCUCGUCUUCGUCUUCUUCCUCAUCAACACAAUCUUCACGAUCCUCUUCGUCAACCAGCACAUCGCUCUCGUCAUCAUCUAGCUCUCGCACUGGUUCCACCAUAUCGAGUGCCUCGGCUUCUUCUAGUGCUUAUGGUGGUGGUGGUAGUGGGAUUGGAGGCGGCGCCGGUAAUCCCACUACGAGUGCUCCACCUGUCUCAUCAUCCACGGCUGGAGCGGCUGGAGCACAAAGCUCGAGCAGCAGUUCACUAGGUACUCCCCAGGUUGUGGGGACCGUAUUUGGCUCUCUUGCGGGUGCGGCGCUCAUUCUUGCCUUGCUACUUUUCCUUCUGAAGAGGCACAAGCAAAAGAAACAGUCUGCUCCGCUGCAGCUACCCGAAGACGACCAUGCGGAUAACCAGCCCAUGACCCAGGCCGCCAAGCAUACUAGCUACAUGGCCCCGUCGUUCCUCAAUCGCUUCUCUGGCACAUCGAGACUGACUACCGAGACGGCCAGCACUGGCGAAAAGAGCUUCCAACGCAUCUCCGGGCGCAAGCUUCCCUCGGCAUUCAGCGAAGGCAUGACUUCCGAGCAGUUUGCUCGUGGCGAAGGUACUUUGUCUGGCUCGUCAUUUUACAAAGAUGACAAGGGCUUCUAUGGUGGUUCGGGUGUCACCCCCAAAGAUUUUGCUUUGGCAAAAGAGAUAGGCGACUCCCCAAGCACCGGCGCUAUGGGCACGCAAGAACUGGUGAGGCCCAGCCCCGCCAGGACGCCCAUCGUCCAUCAUCGCGACGACGCUCCCGUGUUUGGUGCCAGCCGCAACGGCGGUGGCUCAACAUUGAGUCCUCCGCUUACACCCAAUCCCGACUACUCUGGUCCGCGCGGUACACUGGGUCGCAGCCAUCCUUCACACGACGGCUCGCGAAGCUCGCGUUUCACUGAGAAUGUUUGA